CGAAGUCGUAAAAUCAUCUUCGACAAACGAACGAAAAAGAUGUAUUGCCUACAGUGGUUAAUUCCUGUGUUGCUGAUACCAAAGCCAGUAAAUCCAGCUCUGCUACAAACUUAUCUUAUGUUUAUGACGCUUUAUUUAAUUGGAUUCUUCCUAGAACGAAAACCAUGCACUGUUUGUAGUUUAGUAUUUCUUGUCGCAGUUUUACUGAAUUGUUAUAGUGGUACUGGUAAUUGUAUACUUUGGAGCACAAAUUGUGAUACAGUGAAAUGUGACAAUAGUUAAGGUUAUUAGAAUAUUCAUUUUAGAUUUAACAAUUGUUUUUACCUUCAUUUUUGUUUUAGAAGAAUAUAUCUAAUUAUUUAUCAAUGAUAACUAUAACUUAUUAAUAAAAUUUAUACAUCUGUGUGUACGCAUACACGUAUGCAUGUAUGAAUUUUGUUAUGUGUACAUAAAUAUGACUCUUGAUUCAAUCAUAACUCCUAACAAUUUUUGCAAAUGAUAUGUGUAUUUAUAUAUGUGCAUACAUUAGUAUGUAUGUACAUGUAUAUAUACUCACACUCAUCUUUAUUCAUAUAAGAUGUAAGGAUAUACAAAACUACUAGGCCAUAAAACAUUUUGCAUGAAACUAAGAAACUUCCUUGCAUAAGAUCAUUACAUUUUAAGUUUGAAAGAUUAUUAAGAUAUAUUUUUUUGUAGAUAUAUUUAAAUGUAAUUCCAUUUACUUUGAUCUUAUUGUCUGAUUAUACAGUGUACAUAAAAUUAUUUUUGAUCUAGAGAAUUUGAUUUUCUUUAUGUAUUGUAUACUUCGAAGUUAAGAUAUUUACUAAUUACUUAAUUAAAAUAAAUGUUUGCUUCACAAAUUUUAUAAGCAAUAUUUAUUGUUACUUGAGUUUAAAUUGAAUGUUCUUUCACUUUGUGAAUAGUCUUCGGAUGUAAUGAUUAUGUACUAACUGCCAAUUUUAUUGAAUUCAGAAUCCAGAAUAAGCUUAAUUACAGUUAUUUAAAAUAUUCUGGACAAUUAAUUGAGCAAUAUAACUAUAAAGUUUAUUGAUGCAAUAUGAAGUUUUAAGGAUGUAAGAUUAGGAUACAUAUUAAAUGUGACAAGCAAUAGAAAAGCACAUUGUGCUAAAAUGUAAAGAUGAAGCUAAUGAACUCUAAAAGCAUACUGAUUAUAUGCUGAGUUUGAAAACUUUUACCUUGUUUGUAAAAUGAUUGUAUAUUUAUUUUAUUAAGCAUAGUAAAUAGAGGAAAUUUAAUACAUUAGUUCAGAAUUCUGUACAUAAGUUAUUAGUAAAUGUAUCUUUCAGUUCAGUGCAGGUAUUAGUAUUUUAUUACAACAAUGGAAGAAAUAUACAAAAUGUUGCUACAGCAAUUAAUUAGAAUACUAUUAAAGAAUUGUAUGUUUCAAAUAAGUAUAAAAAGGAAGCCUACAAUGUACUGCCAAUAUGUUUAAAUUUAUCAUUUGAAUCAAUAGGCAAAAAUACAAAAAAAUGCUUUCUUAAUAUAGUAAAAUAAAUGAAAAUUAUUUUAACAUGAAUACAUAUCUGUGAUGUUUGGAGUUCCAUGCAUACAUGUCUUGUCAACAACAACAUAUGUACCUACAGUAAACUUAUAGUUUCUCAGUCUUAAAAUUGUAAAUGAAUUGUUUACUACUUGCUUCCAUUUAUGAUUUUUAAUGUUAAUAAUAAAUGGAAUAAUCAUAAAAUUUGUAAGUAAAUGUACAUUUGUAUAAUGUUAUAGGAAAGAAACUAUUAUACAUAAUUAUUACAGCA